AUGGAGAACUCCUCUGCUGCGUCAGCCUCAUCCGAGGCUGGGAGCAGCCGCUCCCAGGAGAUCGAGGAGCUGGAGCGCUUCAUUGACAGCUACGUGCUCGAGUACCAGGUGCAGGGGCUGUUGACCGACAAGACGGAGGGGGACGGUGAGAGCGAGCAGACGCAGUCCCACAUCUCCCAGUGGGCAGCAGACCACGGUGAGCGGCUAGACAGCAGCUGUCCCUUCUCCCGAGGGCGAGCCCCCCCGCAGCAGAAUGGCAGCAAAGACAACUCUCUGGACAUGCUGGGCACAGAUAUCUGGGCUGCCAACACCUUUGAUUCCUUCAGCGGUGCCACCUGGGACCUGCAGCCUGAAAAGCUGGACUUCACCCAGUUCCACCGGAAGCUGAGACACACGCCCAAGCAGCCCUUGCCACAUAUCGACCGGGAAGGGUGUGGAAAAGGGAAGCUAGAAGAUGGGGAUGGCAUCAACCUGAAUGACAUCGAGAAGGUCCUCCCAGCCUGGCAGGGCUACCACCCAAUGCCCCACGAAGUGGAGAUCGCCCACACCAAGAAGCUGUUCCGGCGGCGGAGAAAUGACCGGAGACGGCAGCAGAGACCUCCAGGAGGAAACAAGCCCCAACAGCACGGUGACCACCAGCCGGGCAGUGCCAAACACAACAGGGACCACCAGAAAUCCUACCCGGGGGGCUCAGUGCCCCACCCCUCAGGGAGGCCCACCCAUCACGGCUACAGCCAGAACCGGCGCUGGCACAACAACAUGAAGCACCCCCCAGGCGACAAGGGGGAGGCAGGCACCCACCGCAAUGCCAAAGAGACCGUGACCAUGGAGAGCGCCAAACUUGAGGACGCCCUGGGGGACACGGGGCACAGCGGCCUCGAGCACCCCCGCAGCCCUGAUGCCCUAGCCCCCUUGGCUUCUGAGAGGCUGCCCCCACAGCAGCCGGGGGGUCCGGAGCCUGAGACAAAGCGUAAAGACAGUAUUAUUCCCGAGCGCAUCGGGGAGCGGCCCAAAAUUACCCUGCUCCAGUCUUCCAAAGACAGGCUGCGGCGAAGGCUGAAAGAAAAGGACGAAGUGGCCGUGGAGACCACCAACCCUCAGCAGAACAAGAUGGACAAGUUGAUCGAGAUCCUGAACAGCAUGCGGAACAACAGCAGCGACGUGGAUGCCAAGCUCACCACCUUCAUGGAGGAGGCCCAGAACUCGACCAACUCCGAGGAGAUGCUGGGAGAGAUCGUCCGGACCAUCUACCAGAAGGCCGUGUCUGACCGCAGCUUCGCCUUCACGGCCGCCAAGCUCUGCGACAAGAUGGCACUCUUCAUGGUGGAGGGGACCAAGUUCCGGAGCCUGCUUCUCAACAUGCUUCAGAAGGACUUCACUGUGCGGGAAGAGCUUCAGCAGCAGGAUGUGGAACGCUGGCUUGGCUUCAUCACCUUCCUGUGUGAGGUGUUCGGGACCAUGCGCAGCAGCACAGGCGAGCCCUUCCGCGUGCUUGUCUGCCCCAUCUACACCUGCCUCAGGGAGCUCUUGCAAUCUCAGGAUGUGAAAGAAGAUGCCGUCCUGUGCUGCUCGAUGGAGCUGCAGAGCACAGGCCGGCUGCUGGAGGAGCAGCUGCCCGAGAUGAUGACCGAGCUCCUGGCCAGCGCGCGCGACAAGAUGCUCUGCCCCUCAGAGUCGAUGCUGACCCGGUCGCUGCUUCUGGAGGUCAUCGAGCUCCAUGCCAACAGCUGGAACCCUCUGACGCCCCCCAUCACGCAGUACUACAACAGAACCAUCCAGAAACUGACAGCCUGA